UUUAAAUUUUCUCUUCCACACUAAUCGGAGUGUCCAAUUAGUAAGCUUAAUUUUUUUUACAAAGAAUCCGAUUUCUUCAUCCCUGUUUCAGAAAAAGCUGUUCCCACAUCCAUGUCUAGCACCCACAUUUUCCACAAUAAUACACAACACACACAUGCUUCUUAUAUCCAAAAAAAUGAGCCGUUUAUUUUUAUUAUUUUGUUUUAUACUUUACCUUUAUAUCUUAGUUCCUUUUAAUUCAUCUUUAACCUAAUAGGCCAAUACAAAGACGUUUUAAAUUGGUCAUUUGUCAUCCACCAUGGAUGAGAGUAUGAACUUCUUUGCAGUCACAAAGGAAAAGAAACCUGGUGUGUACUGUAGCUGGAAAGGCCCCAACGAGAAAGCUGUCUCCUGCACCUUUCCGGAGUUUCACGGAUUCAAUAGCUAUGACCAAGCGUUGUUGGCUUUCAAUUCCAAAAUGUCAAGCAUCCAUGCAGAGAACUCGGCGAAAGCUGAGAUGGUGGGAUCUCUGUGCGAAGGAGGUGGGUCGUCCGGAGGUAGCCGACGACGUCCGAUUGUGUCGUGGCUACCCGUAAUUUCCCAAGAGGAACUCGAGUGGAAUUUCGCGAUUGUAAACGAUAUGGAGGAAUGACUGGUAAAGAUUUGCCACGAGAGUGGGAAACUUGGGCCUUGUUUCUUCAAACAGGAACGCUAUUUGGAAGAUUCUGGCCUGUACUUCGGAUUCACGGUGAUCAUUCUCGAUGACCCAUUUGAAGUGGAGUUGGAUGCGAUGGGUCAUUUUUGUCUAGAGGAGAAAGCAGCUCAAGAAGAUGCAGCUGUGGAGAUGCUUAGUCGCGUUCUGGAGAUAACCGGUAAGAAAAUUCGAGACUUUAACUACACAAAAGUGAAGCUCCUCCGCGAUAGCAAUGAUGCCCUUCGAACAAAGGUUCAUCUUUUGGAAGAAUCAUAUGAGAAGCUUAAGUUGAGUUAUCAGAACCUCGCCAACGUCCACAUCGGAGGCAACUCCCCUUGAUUUAGGUGUAACUUACCAAGUUGUACUAAUCUAUGAUUUUUAUGUGUGAUCUAGUUUAGUUGCAGUUAGUUCUACUUGAUUUUUGUGUGUAUUUGGUUUAAUUCACUGAACUUGUUUAGAGAUAAGUGUAACGCACUAUUUUGUGCAGUAAUAUGUUGUACUAUUUUGUGAUC